CACUUGCAUACUGCAGUAGUACGGCGAGCGGCGCACGAGUCAAACGGGUUCUCGGUGUCGUCGACGUCGUAAUGAACGUCUCGCAUUUCGACACGCGUCGCGCCUCGCCGCGCUCGCUCCGUCCGCGCCGCCGAUAGCAUCUGCAAAUUCGAUAUUUAGAUCGUGACACCGCGAUACUUGUGAUCGAUUUUGCGUGACGUGAUAAUUUGCCGGCAAUGUGAUCUGACAGAAUGCUGACCGCCCACUGAUGUCCCCGCGUGAAAGGGGUGAAUCGCAUAUCCCUGGAAUGCACGUGCGGUCGUAACAGUGGAUGUGUUCGUUGAUGUAGUCCUUUUAAGAUGCCGCGAAGGAGUAAAUGGAUGCAUCUCGUGGCCGGCGUAGUCGCUGGCGUCACUUUGGGUGUAUUUCUAAAAUUAUGCUUGAGACCUUCCUCGAGGACUUCAAUAGAAGCCUGUCCGAAUAAUGCUAAAUUGUACGUCGCGCCUGAUCCUUUAUCGAUAGUAGAUUUAAAGGCCGAUGAAACUUUGUUCAACUCUAAUAGAACUUUAGUGUUUGUCGGCGUCAUGACGGCAGAGCAGUAUUUGACCAGCAGAGCGAGAGCAGUUUACGAAACGUGGGCGCAGGACUUGCCGGGUAGAAUUGCGUUCUUCAGUUCGGAGGUGUCGCGAGCGCCAGGAUUACCUUUGAUACCGCUGCGAAGCGUCGAUGACAGUUAUCCUCCUCAGAAGAAGUCCUUUUUGAUGUUGCUGUACAUGUUCGAGCAUUACGGCGAGAGGUUCGAGUGGUUCAUGCGGGCAGACGAUGAUGUUUACGUUAGGGGUGACAAGUUGGGGGAGUUCUUGCGGUCAGUGGACAGUAGAAAACCUCAAUUCAUCGGACAAGCGGGAAGAGGAACGAACAAUGAAAAAGACGCUUUAGCUUUGGAUUACAAUGAGAACUUUUGUAUGGGCGGGCCCGGAGUGCUGAUAUCUCGAGAGACUAUGCGGCGGGUGGCCCCUCACGUCAAGUACUGCUUGAAGCACCUCUACACCACACACGAGGACGUCGAGCUCGGCCGAUGUGUUGCCAAAUUUGCCGGCGUCUCGUGCACCUGGAGCUACGACAUGCAGACGAUUCUGCACCACAACGGCAGCGGCGCUGAGGCGUACACCGGGCGCCUCAAGAAGCGGGAGGUGCACCGUGCGAUCACACUGCAUCCAGUCAAAGAUCACCGCCAGAUGUACAGGCUGCAUACUUACUUUAAGAACCUUCGCAUUCAGGAGCUCCGAGAGCAGAGCCUGGACCUGCACCGGGACAUCCAGUCUUCUGCGCGCGAGCUGGGGGUGAAAGGGGGUCAAGUGACCAGCUUUGUGUUACCUGGUGGAGUUCCGCUGUUCACGGCCAAGAUGGGCGAGCCGGGCUACUUAGGAGAUAAUAGGAUAUUAGGUGCCCCGAUAGACUUCAACCGCUACAAGGCUGACAGAGUGGAGGAUAUCGUGCCGUUCGACUUCAUCACCAAGUCCAUCCAUUCCGUCAGCCACUCCAACCCUAAGCGAAGACUCGAAACUCCUCUGAAAGAGGCACUGGAUGACGUCAUACGUGAAGUGAUGGAGAUAAUCAACGCCCCGUCUCGGCAGCGCGGGCGCGUGAUCGACUUCAACGAGCUGCUGUACGGCUACACGCGCCUGCAGCCCGUGCACGGCGUCGACCACGUGCUGGACCUGCUGCUGAAGUACCGGCGCUACCGCGGCCGCAAGAUGACGGCGGCCGUGAGGAGGCACGCCUACCUGCAGCAGUGCUUCACAGGAACCGAAAUACGUGAGCUACCUAUGGGAGAGCCAGCACCAAUCGAGGAUGCAGAAAUAUUGGAGCAACUCGAUAUCAACGUUAAGAAUUAUCAAAAUGACUACGACGAUUUUGAUGAUCCAAACAAUAAUCAGAACAGCUUCCUCGACAUUGGCAAUUUAAAUAUGAGACAAGCUUUCGAAAAUAGCUUGUUGAAGAUACAUAACAACUUGCCAAAAAUGCUUCAGUGGAGUAACGAAAAUUAUGAAUAUGCGGUGUACGACCGGCAGAUACACUUCAUUCUCCCUCUACUUGGUAGAUUCGAAAUAUUCAAUCGAUUUAUGAAAAACUACGAAGAUAUCGUCCUAAAAAGCGAUGAAGCUGUUUCUCUAACUAUCGUUCUGUUUUUGGAUGCAGAAACUCCCUUAGAUUAUGAAAACUCCGAAACAUUAGUCAAUCAUUUUAAGAGUGUUUAUAGAAAGGAUAUUAAAAUUGUUGCGAUGGGUGCAGCCACGUUUUCAAGAGGCGCAGCGCUCACAGAGGGCCUCAAAGAGUGUUCAACUGAUGAUUUAGUGUCCUUCAUAGAUGUUGACAUGAUGUUCAAUCACAUAUCACUUAGAAGAAUAAGAAUUAACACAAUUAAAUAUAAUCAAGUGUAUUUUCCUAUUGUGUUCAGUCAAUAUAAUCCUGAAGUGGUGUACGGUGACGAUUAUAAUAAAUUUAAGGAGGAAAACACUGAAAUUAUCGCACCAGACAAUUCAGAAGAUAAUGACGGUUCUAAAAGUGACAUAGAGUUAGCGAAUUUGAAAUACAGUGGUGACGUAGACAAUGAUUUUGGUUACUUUAGACAAUAUGGUUUCGGUAUACUUAGUAUUUUUAAAUGUGACUUUGAAAGGGUCGGUGGUUUCGAUUUAAAUAUAAAAGGUUGGGGUUUAGAGGACGUGCAGCUAUUUGAGACGUUGAUAAAGUCAAACUUGACUGUGUACAGGAUAGCCGACGAGACUUUAGUGCAUAUCUUCCAUUCGGUGGACUGUGAUAGCAAAUUAGAAAAAAGCCAGUUUCUCAUGUGUCUGGGGACGAAAGCGUCGACGUACGGGAGUGACAAACACAUGACAUAUUAUAUGUUAAACCACCCUGAAGUAUUAUGGCCACAAAAGGUGAAAGGAGCCAGCUAGUACAGGGUAAAACUUAGGUUAAGUUUAUCGCACAUUAUGGCGUACGCAGCCUACUCUUCCGCACUAAUGUAAAUUACUAUAUACGAGAUCGACGCUAUAAUGAGCGAUGAACGUUAUUUUGAAAGUUAUGACAAUUUUUGUACCUAAUGUAAUAUUGAAUAUAUUUUAAUAGUGAUAUUAUAUUGGUCGAAUGGUCCAUUGCCAGCUGUGAAAAUGAAAGUAUACUAAAUCUAAUUUAAAAAUAACGUUCGCAUGUAGUUGUCUAAUUUAUUAUCUUAAUGUUUAGGAAAAGAAAAAGGAUUUUUUUAACCUUUAGACAUUAAGUGACCUUAUAUUGCUUCAGUAGGAAAAGUGAAAAACAUAAUUCCGAAGUUAUUUUUAAAUUAGGUUGCAUUUUAAUAAAUAGUCAAUAGCACUCCAUUGUAAAUAGUUUCAUAGUUCUUAAGACUUAACUUCAAAAUGUAUUAUAGACAUCCAAUAUUUCUAAACAACAUAUUUUUAUGUCGAAAUACAUUAGUAACACUAUUCUUUUCGACCACAUGAUUCUAUCCAAUGUAUGCAGGUAGUGAUUUGUUCACUUGUGGUGAACACUGGUAAUCUCCCGUGCAGUAUAAAAAUAACGCACUGAAGGUUACAUUAUUUUCUCAGUAAAAGCCGUGACCAGAAGGUUGGCAUAUACUUGGGUCAGAUGACCGGAAUUGCCAUUCAACAUGACAAUACUGCCAGUCUUCUGAAAACAUUACCAGUUGACAUCGAUUCGGAGGAAUACUACCUAUGACAUCCAAGAAUUUGGAUAACAGUUCUAAACAAAAUAAAUAUUGUAACGCAUGUUAAAGUAUCGCAUACAUAGAUUACAUGUAUACGUACAUACCAUAUAUUUGGUCUAAAAUGAAAUGUACUUCGGUGGAAUAGAAAUGAAUAAUCCUGGAAUUUCAGUUUUCUAGCCAUGUAUAUGAUGUUUCGCAUGUUUUAUGAUGCAAAACUUGAUGCUAUAGUAAACCUGCGGACUGCGGUAGAUUGGAUAGUUCCUAUUUCCUAAUAAUUUCUCUUUCACUACCUAAUUGAAUUAAUCCCUAUGUAAAUUGUUUAACUGACAGUAUUUAGUAGCUUGUGGUCAGAUUUUUGAUAGGAUUGGGUGUUAGUAAUGUUUCUAUCAUAAUUCUUAUCCACAUGUAAAUAAUUGCGUCAUUAUCUAAGAGGAUUGCUAUUAAUACAUAGGUACCUCCCAAUUAGCGUGAUUGCUUAAACAAUAGGUAUGUAAUACACAUUAGUCAGUAUCCAGCUGUAAUACUGUAUGAGUUGUCAUAGUUAACUGUCGUGUUAUAUGGACAAUGGGCGUUGUUUGGAUACAUUGGUGUAUGCGAUUCCUUGGAAAUGACAACAUGUAAAAAUUCCUAUUUUUCGAAGCAUUUAUACUUAGAUAGGCAAUAAAUCAGGCCGUCAGUGUCGAAAGGCUAGUAAUAAUAGAAAAAUAAAAAUAUUUUUCUACAUUUUGACCCUUUUAGAGUUACGCCACUUCAUCGCUGAAGGCCUAUUAAAUGUUCCUAGACGAAAAUAGUUUUUUACGAACAUACUUAUAGAUUUUAGUCGCGUAUUUUUAGUAAUUAUGAUUUUUUUUACUUGUACAUAUAUUGUUUGUUGGAGUUUAAAUUUUGCACUUCUUCAGAGGUCCCGUACGUCAAUAUGUGGUUUAGGUGUUGAUUAAAAAAACGGCGGUUUUUAUCGAAGCUACUUGCGUCCGAUUUUUUUAAAUGUGACCAGUAGGAGGUAUAUAGGUAGUGUAGGUGCCCAUAAAACUUAAAAAGUGCUACUUUUUUAAAAUUUAAUUUAAAAGAAUAUUUAAUAAAAAAAAAAUCAAAGCCUUUUAAAUAUAAUUCAAACAAAUUCAAAAGCUAGUAUGAAAAUAGUCCUAUUCUAUGAACGGGAAUGGAACCUAAGACCAGUGGAUUUUAGACUACCGUUUAAAGCGUUGAGUCACUGCGGCUUUUUGUUUGCAAUAGCAGAUGUAAGCUUCGUUUAAGUUAUAAUAUCAACUAAGAUACUCAGGUAUAUGGGCAAAGCUGGUGAAAGUAGUAAUUAAACAAUUGUAUAGAAUUUGUUAAUAUAACGUAAGAUUUAUAAAGAUUUGGGUACCGUUUUAGGGUUGACCGUCCACCAGUGUUGUAAAACCAAGCAGCAUUUUACUAGUUACAAGAAUCAAGAUAAUUAGGUGUAUUCAUAAAGCUGCCUUUAGCUAUAUUUCACUUAUUUCGUGCGUAGGAAUGUCUCGCUAACUUGUACUGAUAUUAUUCAGAGCUCGAACAUUAUAAUAUUAUUUUUAUAUUUAAUUUAUUAUUAUGCAUUCCGGGUAAGCAUACGAGUUUAAGGUAAGAUAUUUCACAAUAAUUUUCAAUUUGACAAUAUUCAAAUACACUCGAAUUUUUUCAGGCUUUUCCUCAACAUAUUUAGUUUUAAUCUUUUUAGUUGUCUGGUUGUAAAUGUCUCGAAGUAUAUCAUCGUUUAAAUAGAUACGCGUAGAUUUUGGGGAUGUAUUUUUUUAUUAGUUUGUGUUAUGCAACAAGUAGCAACACAAAAGUUUCCAAUUUUCUAUAUUUUCCAAAGGAUUUUACCUUCAAAGCAACAUGUACUAUUUUAUACAAAUUAUGUCGAGCUAAAGCUCGCGUUGAUUAUCAGUGGACGCUCAACCUAAACAAUUGUCAUAAUAAGUAUUAAUAAAAUAUAUUGUUAAAUGUAAUAAAUGAUAAUUCUCGAUUGUUAAAAUAAGUUGUGGUUUAAAUAUGACAGAUUUCCUUUACAAAAGCUGUCGUAAUGCAAACAUUUACUCAUGAAUCCACAAUUUGUUUUGGCGAUUGAAUAAUGUUUCAUAAAGAAAUUCUAAACAAAACUGCGCUUAUGUUUUCAACUAUAAUUAUCUUAACCUUGGCUUUGUACGAGUAUUUUUUCUUGUAGUAAAACAUCUAUAAAAUAGCCUUGGCUGUAAAAUUGAGUCAAAUAUCCCUGUGUGAAUGUCUGUCUGCGGGUUUAAUUAAUAUAUUAAUGGGCGUGAACAGUUUUUAUUUAGAAUUUCUUUAUUGUCAGUUUUCGCCACGAAAGUAGGUACUUGUGAGAAAAUAUCUUACAAUUUCAGAGUAGUGUGAUGACCGGGGUACUGCAUAAAGACGUGUUAUCCUAAAAUCCCUUAUAAUUUGGUCCUGAUGCUGUACUAUGAUAUUUACCAAAGAGUAGGAAUAUGUUUCGCACCACGAAACUGGAGUGAUGUUUUUGAUCGAGCCAUUAUCGGUCGACUUAUUUGUAUUUCUUACAGAUUUACAGAUAUAUUGUAAUGCGCAUAAGCAUCAUCAGGGUUGUAGAGAGAAGUCUCAACACGCACCGUCUCCGAUAUCUGACGUCACCCAGACGUGGGCUUAUUAACUCACGAUCUCUGGGGCGCCCGGACGGAUAUAAUCAGGCCAAAACACUUUUCCCGAACGGCCCUCUAAGCCGAGGUCCGAGUCUCAGAGGAGACGCCCUUAGAGAGUCGUUCCGCCCAUCUACUCUGCUUCUGCCUUCGGGCGAAAUCAGGCGCUGCUUCUGCGCUCGCCCAAACCCCCCAGAUACCCCGCUGAGGUCUCAUAAGGAGCCUACAGCACUUACACAAUCAGGAAGAAAAAAAAAACGCACCGUUUGAAGGAUUAGGUACAACCUUUUGUAUCCAAGAGUCAGCUUAGCUUAAGCUACCAAGUUUGUAUGUCGGUGGAAGCUUUCAAUAUUUUUUUCUUACAACGCCUUUCUUUCGUGACGUCACUGUUUCGUGCUCGCUGUAAAUAUUAAGAUUUGUGCUCACUAAGUGCCAAUAUGUUAGCGUAAGUAGGUAAUUAUAAAAUGAAUGCAGUCUGUUUUUGUGAUGAAGUUGGUGCUUAAUUCAUUUGUACACAAGUUUUAAACUAAAAUAAAUGUUUUGAACGAUCUAUUUAUCUGUAAUUUAUCGAUAUGUUGUAUAACAAUAGCCACCAUAUUUAUUUAAUACUGUAUUUAGUACUUAUAUUGUUAUAAUUAGAGUCUAAAAUGCAAUGCAUAAUUUAUCGAAUGAUAUAUAUAAAUAAAUAUGAAGAUAGCUAGGUAAAUGGAAAUCCUUAAUCGAUUGAGAUAUUAGUAAUAGCUAGCAUUUUUAAAAAAAAGUAUUAUGUGACUAAUAGAAUUAUGUAUUAUUAUUUAUUAAUAAAAUCCUUGAAUUUAGUUUGAUGACUUGUGUACAAACGAAUUAGGAACAUUGUUUUUUUAUUCGAUGAUAAUGAUGGAGGUGAAAUGAUGAGUGAUUUUAUGAAAUUAAAUUAAUUAUUUUCCCUUA